AUGUUCGACGCCUCGCGCUCUCCGCCGACCUGCUCCUGUCCAUUCUGCGCCAUCGCCGACACCUACAAGCCUUACGACCCUCACAACCCCCCUGACCAAUCGUCGUCGACCAUCGAUCCCGGGCUGUUGUCUCCUACGGCGUAUGUCGUCUUGUCGACUCCCGAUCUCGUCGCCUUCCUCGAUAUCCUCCCCCUUAGCCACGGCCACCUGUUGCUGUGCCCACGCGAACAUCGCGAGAAGCUCACCGACGUAACCGCCGACGAGGCCGCGCACUUGGGCCGCUACCUCCGCAUACUGUCCAAGGCCAUGACGAGGGCCACCGGCGUCGAAGAUUGGAACGUCGUCCAGAACAAUGGCGCUGCCGCCGCCCAGGUCGUCCCUCACAUGCAUUUCCACAUCAUUCCUCGGCCGGAGAUAAGGGCCAGCGGCCGCUACAGCGAGAGCUUUACAAUGUUUGGGCGCGGGAGGCGCGAGGAACUGGAUGAUGAUGAGGCUGUGCAUAUCGCGGAGGAUGUACGGCAGAGUCUUGCCACCGUAUUAAGGGAAGAGGAGGAGGAAGACAUUGAGCUCAAGGCCAAACUAUAA